AUGACGCCUAAGCACUCGUUUGUUCUUUGGAUGGCAGCCCCCGAUCGGUUGCAAACCAUGGAGCACUUAUCUUAUCGGAACAUUGUGAAGACUUGUGUGAUGUGCGGUGCGGUGAACGAGGACCGAGAGCAUUUGUUUUUUCGGUGCAGCCUGUCGCACGAAGUAUGGGAUCGUAUUCGAGUCCGGUUGGGGAUUUCGCAAAGGCCGACUACUAUACGGGCUGCUCUCAAGUGGCUCACCAAGGAUGUUAAAGGUAAAUCAUACCGAAGCAAGACGAGGAGAUGUGCUUUGGCAAGCGUUGUUUACCAUAUAUGGGAGGCUCGGAACAAAUGGAGAUUCGGCAAGACGGAGACGACGACUACCGCCCUUGUCCGGAAGAUUCAGACUCACGUUUAUUCAGCUAUGUUCAUGCAGCACCCGGAGCUCACUACCAGCAAUGGGGGCCGUUUUAUCGUCGGCCAAGUUGAUGCUCACUAG